AUGGAGCGGGGCAGAGCUGCCGCGGCCACCGGGCCCGCCGUCACGCUCGCCAUCAUGCUCUCGUGCACUGGGGCCUGGGCCGCUGUCGCCGACAGCUGUCCAGAGGUGCAGGUGGUGGGGCUGGAGGGCUCCGACAAGCUCAGCAUCCUCCGAGGCUGCCCGGGGCUGCCCGGGGCCGCGGGGCCCAAGGGAGACGCUGGCGUCAAUGGAGAGAGAGGAGCACCUGGUUCCCCUGGAGUCCCUGGGAAGGCAGGACCAACGGGACCCAAAGGAGACCGAGGGGAGAAAGGAGUACGUGGGGAGAAAGGUGAGCCCGGCUCGCGGUCCUGGGGGCGCCUCGGCAGGCUUUGUCCCUCACCUCGGACCUGCAAGGAGCUGCUCACAAGGGGGCACUUUCUGAGCGGCUGGUACACCGUCUACCUGCCCGACUGCAGGCCCCUGAGCCUGCUGUGUGACAUGGAAACGGACGCGGGAGCUGGACCGUGAGUUUUCCAGCGAAGGAGCGACGGCUCCGUGGAUUUCUUUCGAGACUGGGCCGCAUACAAGAAGGGCUUCAGCAGUCAGCUGGGGGAGUUCUGGCUGGGGAAUGACAACAUUCACAGCCUUUCUGCCCCAGGAACCAACGAGCUCCGUGUAGACCUUGUGGACUUCGAGGGUAACCGCCAAUUUGCCAAGUACAGCUCGUUCAAGAUGGCGGGCGAGGCCGAGAAGUACAGGCUGGUCCUGGGGGCCUUCGCUGGGGGCAGUGCCGGGGAUUCCCUGUCAAACCACAACCACCUCGCCUUCUCCGCCAAAGACCAGGACAAUGACUCCAUUCCAGAAAAGUGUGCUGAGCGCUACAGUGGGGCCUGGUGGUAUUAUCAGUGUCACCUGUCAAACCUCAACGGUCUCUACCCCUGGGGGUCUCACGAGACCUUUGCAAACGGCAUCAACUGGAAGUCGGGGAAAGGCUACAACCACAGCUACAAGGUGUCAGAGACGAAGGUGCGGCCCGUCUAGCGCAGGGCGGUCCACGCACACAGUGGCCGCAGCGAGGGCUGGUCUGGUCGCUCCCAGGGGAGGGAGCAAGGGCUUGGGGCCCUCCCCCUUUCCCUCUGGGACCCUCUCUGCUUUGUGCCUCUCACCCGCACUAACGCCCUGUCUCCCAUCUGGGAGGGUGAGAGCAGGGACCCCGGAUCUUGGCAGCCACGCAUUUUCUCAAUAAAGACAUUUGCUUCCACGCUCGGCACACAUGGGCCCC